UUAGCAAUUUCAGGGCUGUGAGACAAUUUAUUUGGGAGCUUUUUGAGUAAUUUUUCUAUAAUAUAUGGUUCAAAAAUAUUUUCACCACCCCUAUAUGCAUCUUCAGCAUCAAAGCUUACAUGUUUAUGGCUUGUAUCUCCGCUAACGACUUCUUCGAAAAUAGUUUUAAAUUUUCUAGCUUUGUCAGUGUCAUAUACUAUAGGUUCACUUUCCUCAGAUUCUUUAAGUAUUGGUAUACCAGAGAAGUUAAAUUUUUUCCUUUUAAUUAAUUUAUGUAUCUCCCCUAUGUGGCCUGAUCCUAUCUUUUUUGAUAGAUAAUCGUUUCUAUAUUUUUGAGUUUUCAAUUUACAUUUAAUUUCGAAACUUUUAUAUUCAUCCCGGCUAAUUUCUCCUAAUUUUAACUUUUUCCAUUCAAGGGACUUUUGUUUGAUGGUUUCUCUAAUUUCUUUGGGGUAUUUUAUGGGUAUUUUUUCACCAAAUUUUUUAAAAGGUACGAAUUUUUGUAUUGCUUGUGUCAUUAUGUUAUUUAGUAUUUCAGUUAUUUCUGAAGGAUUUUUAUUAUUUAAUAAGUUAUACCAGUCAUAUUGUGCUAGAUACCAAUUGAUUGCCUUAUAUUUUCCUUUUUUAAAUAAUAAUACUUUCCUUUUUUCCCUAGAUGUUAUUUUUUCAAUUGGGAAGACUAACUCGAAUACUAUAGGUUUGUGA